CUGCACAGAACCUUUGAGGACUUCACACCCUUGCAGAGAAGUCAAAGACAUCUCAAAUGGAUUAGAGAUGGUGCAGAACACAUGCAACAUGCCUGCGGGCUGCUCAAAUACAAAACCAAGUGUUAAACAUCAAAGUGUAGAUGCUAAAUCCUCACCCACCACAAAUUCUAAAUGCUCCAAACCUCAUGACACGUCCACUUCCAAGCAACGACAUUCGCCAACUAAUGUAUCCUCAUGCAUAUUGCAUCAUACAACCUUGGAUCUCAAUAUGUCAUCGAAAGAUCCACCAGACAGCUCCUCCAAUGCUUGUGUUAACGCAUCAUCUCUUCCAGAUACUGAGCCACACUCCAAAAACCAUAGCAUAGUAACAAAUCAAAAUGAUCUGCCUUUACAGCCCGCUCAGACACCUAUCCAUGCCGUAGAUGCAUCUCGCGCAACACUGAACCUUCACACAGCUACACAAGACUUGUGUACUCCACAUGGUCACGGUGAUCCUAAAUCAAGCCUAACACCCAUGCACACUCGAUCUAAUCCUAUGCCCACUUCUGAAAAACUGAACGACAAGGUUUUUAAAUUGUCAUCAGCACCUAUGGACUCUUCACCAAUGGAGACAAACACAGAUUCCACAUUUCUCACCGGUGCAGAAAACUGUGAACUUGUCGCAACGUCAGAAUCGCGUCAGCAAUCGCCAGCUCAAAUUUCCACCACACCUGCUGCAACCACACCACAUAAAAUACCCAACAUUUUCAGUCCCCAAAAAUGCAAACUGUACAAAACUUCACAUGCACCCAGACUCAAUCCAGCAAUUCAAUUACUAAUCCAGGUUACCAGAAACAAACGGACAAAUCAAGACCGAGUGCAAACCACAAAACCCCAGACAAGCAACAUACUACCUGUAAGCUGGCCUGUUCCAAAUGGCAACUGCUUACUUACCCACUACCAUCCUCCAUCUUUGGUUCUGCUGUCCCACACCACCCCAGAACUCAGCAGGAAUCAGGACCCUCAGAAGAGACUGGAGACCAUUGAGGCCAAUCUACAUGCCAAGCAGGAGCGAGUCACAACUCUGCUUAACAUCAUCCAGGAUCUGGAGAUGAGCCAUGCACUCAGCAGAGGGCGACGAUGUUUCAGGACGGGCCAGGAUUUAAGUGAUUGCUCCACCUGCCAGGAAACAGCGUGCAUUAUCUACAGUGUGGAGUAUGACUUCCGGCAGCAGGAGCGGCGAUUCAGGAAUGUCCUAGAGACUCUGGACUCUCCUGUCAGAGAGAUCUGGCAGGGGGUUAACAUGGACUCCUUCUCGUUCUUUACAUAUUUAAAUCAGGACCGAGCACCAUCUACAUCCAUUCACACUGAGCCAGAGACCAGGAUGAAAUGUAAGAAAAAGAAACUAUGCAGGAAGUUGUUUAGCUGGUUACCUCGCAAGGUGCAGAGGAAGUAAAUCAGUUCAGCUAUGGUUCUUCUCUGUAUAUCGUCACUCCAGAGAUAAAUGCCAGUAUGAUCUUUCAUGUGCUUAAAUGAGUCUGGUGGAGCUUAAAGAUGGACUAUUUAAGUGAAAUUGCACGACAUGACCAGAUCUUCCAUGCCAAAUCUGUAAACCGCAUAACUUUCUUCCUUAAUCCUUUAGUUCCUUUACUGGGUAGUGGCUUCUUCUAGAGCUUGAUGCUUAUAUUAACCAAUCUUAUUUGUGCAUUUUAGAAGUAGACAAACAUAAAUGAUGCAGCUUUUGAGAAUUGUUGGACAUUUUAAAAGAAUGGAAGCAGCUAAGCAGACCAAAUGUGGCCUGAGUGACCCUACACCCCUUUGUUUAUUAUAUGCAUUUAAACUCCAACAAUAAACCACAUUUGAAGAUUUGA